AUGAGGCGGUUUACCUGCGGGCUCCUGAGCGCAGUCCUCGCGCUCUGGGUCAGUCUGGUGAGCUCCACGGCGUCGUUCCCUGGACUUCACGAGGCGUUCAGGAGCGGGAUGAGAGCACCUGGCAGGAGCAGCGGAGGUCAGGCGGGUCACGGCCGACACACCAACAGAUAUCCGCUGUAUAUGCUGCACCUCUACCGGACCCUUCUAACGGGAGACGACAAACAUAUGAGCCAUGAAAAUCCAACUCUUUAUGAGUCUGAUUCGGUCUUGAGUCUCGUCGCCAAGAGUUGCCAUCAGGUUGGUGACAAACUAUCCGUGACAUUUGACAUGUCCUCCAUAUCAGCGAGCGACAACGUCCAGCAGUCUGAGCUUCGCAUUCGCCUUCCAGCAUUCGCCUCGGAGAUGGAGGUGGACAUUUAUCAUGCAUCCAAACGUGAGUGCGAUCGAAGCCCUUGCGACGAAGUACGGAUUCAACUUGGCACUGUGAAAACCAAACCGAUUGACUCAACCACCUCCCAUUCCUCCUGGAGGGUCUUCAACAUCACGGCGCUGCUCAAGUACUGGUUGCACCAAGGUGAGAGCGUGUUCUCAGAGGAACCCGUUCAGAUGCCUGCAAGAUCUGAGGGCCAGGGGCGUGAGAACGUCCAGCAUCUGACAGCCAGCAGAGUCAUGAUGGUGGUUUACUCCAAGCAGAACCGGGCAAAGACAUCCACCCUCAUCCAGACUGCUGAGCACUCCAAGUACGUAGCUCUGGAGCGGGCCGUUGGUGGAGGUGAACCUGCGCCUCGGCGUCACAGGAGGAACCACCGGACUGAUGACAGAGUGCGUGAUGCAGCAGCUAGCGUGAUUCCUGGUGUUUCACAAGAAGAAGGGGAGAAGAAAUCUCUCUGCAGGAAGGUGGAUAUGUGGGUAGACUUCGAUCAGAUCGGUUGGAGCGACUGGAUUGUUUAUCCGAAGCGGUAUAAUGCCUAUCGAUGUGAAGGGAGCUGUCCUACUCCUGUAGAUGAGACCUUCACCCCCACCAACCAUGCCUACAUGCACAGUCUUUUGAAGCUGCACCACCCAGAUCGCGUCCCAUGCUUGUCCUGCAUACCCACCCGUCUGGCUCCACUCCCAAUGCUCUACUAUGAGAACAGCAAGAUGGUCAUGAGACACCACGAAGGGAUGGUUGUAGGAGAAUGUGGCUGCCACUGA